CUGAAGCAAGCCCCCCCCCCCUUCCCAAGUACCCCCCUCCCCAUCCCCCACCCCCAACCCCCCCUGCUUAUCUUUAUGAUCCCUCCUCCAUCUAUGGCGAACUAUAGCCAUGCAGGGGGACCACACCAUCUUGCAGAAUGUCUCUCCUCUCGCCACCUUCCUCAAACUGACCUCGCUGGGCUUCAUCAUCGGCGUCGGCGUGGUCGGGAACCUCCUGAUCUCCAUCCUGCUGGUCAAAGACAAGAGCCUGCACCGGGCGCCCUACUACUUCCUGCUGGACCUGUGCGCCUCCGACAUCCUGCGCUCGAUCGCCAUCUGCUUCCCCUUCGUCUUCACCUCGGUGAAGAAUGGCUCGGCGUGGAGCUACGGCACGCUGACCUGCAAGGUGAUCGCCUUCCUGGGCGUGCUCUCCUGUUUCCACACGGCGUUCAUGCUCUUCUGCGUCAGCGUCACCCGCUACCUGGCCAUCGCCCACCACCGCUUCUACACCAAGAGGCUGACCUUCUGGACCUGCCUGGCCGUCAUCUGCAUGGUGUGGACGCUGUCGGUGGCCAUGGCCUUCCCGCCGGUGCUGGACGUGGGCACCUACUCCCAUCCAGAGGAGGACCAGUGCACCUUCCAGCACCGCUCCUUCCGCGCCAACGACUCGCUGGGCUUCAUGCUGCUGCUGGGCGCUCAUCCCUGCUGGCCAACGCAGCUGGUUUACCUCAAGCUCAUCUUCUUUGUGCACGACCGCCGAAAAAUGAAGCCCGUCCAGUUCGUGCCCGCCGUCAGCCAGAACUGGACCUUCCACGGGCCGGGGGCCAGCGGGCAGGCGGCCGCCAACUGGCUGGCCGGGUUCGGACGGGGCCCCACCCCGCCUACUUUGCUGGGCAUCCGGCAGAACAGCAACGCGGCGGGCCGCCGGCGUCUCCUGGUGUUGGACGAGUUCAAAACGGAGAAGAGGAUUAGUAGGAUGUUCUACAUCAUGACGUUUUUCUUCCUGGCGCUCUGGGGGCCGUACCUGGUGGCCUGCUACUGGCGGGUGUUCGCCAGGGGCCCCGUGGUGCCGGCGGGCUACCUGACCGCCGCCGUGUGGAUGAGCUUUGCCCAGGCCGGGGUCAACCCCUUCAUCUGCAUCUUCUCCAACCGGGAGCUGCGGCGCUGCUUCAGCACCACGCUCCUCUACUGCCGGAAAUCCAGGUUACCGCGGGAACCCUACUGCGUUAUAUGAAGGUUUUUUACCCCGACAAACCCCUCAAUCGGGGCUCUUGUACAGCCCCCUCUCUCUCUCUUUCUCUGCUAGCUUCCCCGCCCACCCCCCACCCCCUUUUUCCAGCGCCACCUAUUGGCCCAUCCCAAAUA